AUGGUCAGAAAUAUUGUGGUCCUGGGUGGCUCGUCCCAUCCCAGCCUGACCGAGACUAUCUGUGAAAUCCUCGGCAUUGAGCAAGGUCGAGCCCUAUUCUCGAAAUUUGCAGUGGGAGAGACUCGCGUUGAGAUAGGUGAAUCAGUUCGAGGAAAAGAUGUCUACAUCAUACAAUCUGGCGGAGGAAAGGUGAACGACCACUUCGUCGAGCUCCUCAUUGCUAUCUCGGCUUGCAAGACUGCCUCUGCGAAGAAAGUCACCGCCGUUCUCCCUCUCUUCCCUUAUUCUCGACAGUCGGACAUCCCCUACAACAAGAGCGGAGCACCUUUGGUUAAGGCUUCAAAUAUGUCAAACAAGCUUGUUCCAGAUUCAAAUGGUUACACUUUUGAUAGUAUUCCACCAACCCCAUAUCCAGAGAAGGUUGAGAGUCACGGAUUGGCAAAUGGACACCCCCUGCACAAAGCGGCCUCAAGAUCGCAAUUAGACGAAAUGGAAAACAGCCCUACAUAUCAAGCUCGUUUCAGCCACUACCGCGACACGAGCUCUCACUCAAGCACCAAGUCAGAAUACUUUCCUUCCGCCCGGAAACGAGGUGAUUCGACUGCUUCGAUGACCAACGGUGCUGCCGCCGCGGAUGAUCCACCACCUAAGAAGGACCCCCAAGAGACUUUCAAGCCUCGUCCUGGUUAUCGACAAUGGGUCGCCCAGGCCGGUACCCUCGUGGCCGACUUGCUCACAUGCGCUGGCGCCGAUCACAUCAUAACAAUGGACCUGCAUGACCCUCAGUAUCAAGGCUUCUUCGACAUCCCAGUUGACAACCUCUACGGCAGGCCCAUUUUGAAAAAAUAUAUUCAACAAAACAUCCCGGACUACAAGAAUGGAGUUAUUGUCAGUCCAGAUGCUGGAGGAGCCAAACGAGCCACUGCAAUCGCCGACUCCCUCGGAAUUGAAUUUGCACUGAUUCAUAAGGAGCGGAGACCCACCAAGAUCACCGAUCGACAGAAUGCUACGAUGAUGCUGGUUGGUGAUGUGACUGGCAGAGUAGCCAUUCUAAUUGACGAUUUGGCUGAUACUAGCAACACUAUCACUCGAGCAGCAAAGCUACUGAAGAAGGAAGGAGCUAGGAAAGUCUACGCUUUGGUCACCCACGGUGUUUUGAGCGGAGACGCCAUUGACAGGAUUAACGCCAGUGCGUUGGACAAGGUGAUCGUAACGAAUACGGUGGAUCAACAAGAUCAUUGUAAACGGUGCCCCAAGCUCGAGGUGCUUGAGGUCGGGCAUGUUUUUGCUGAGGCUAUCCGAAGAGUUCACUAUGGCGAGAGUAUCAGUGUCCUUUUCCAAUACGAUUGA